AUGUCGAGUACUGCCAUUAGAUCCUCUGGAUCAUACAUCGCCUCUACAAGCCAUGCCAACUCCACGGAAGACUUGGUCAGACCGAGCCUCGCAGCUCAAAGCUCAACAGAGUCUUCACUCAAGAAGAGAUUCCCCCAGCGUCCCUACUUCCAUUCCCGCCGAGUGAAAAAGGGCACUGUCGAGAGACCAUACCUCGCGGUAAAGGACCCUCGCGCCAUAUGGAUCACAAUCAUCCCAGCUUUCGGCAUCGCUGUCGGACUGUUAGCAAUAGGACUUCUGACAUGGAGUGGCUAUAAGUCAGUUGAUAAACAUCAAUACUGCACAGUCUUUACGGAUGACUUUUCGAAUGGCUUCAACUCUACGAUAUGGAAUAAGCAGGUAGAGGUCGGAGGAUACGGAAACGGCGAGUUUUCGCUGACGACAGACACGGAUGAAAACGUCUUCGUCCGCGACGGUCAACUCAUCAUCAAACCCACCCUCCAAACCGACAAAUACCUCUCCGAAACAACAAAGAUAAACCUCACAGCCCACGGAACCUGCUCCGCCACAACAACCCAAGACUGCGUUCAAGUCGCAAACCUCACCGCCGGCGAAAUCGUUGCGCCCGUGAAAUCCGGCAGGAUUACAACCAAGAACUUUGGCGUCAUCCGUUACGGCCGCGUCGAGAUCGUCGCUAAGCUGGCAGCGGGAGAUUGGCUCCUCUCUCAGCUCAUGAUGUUUCCAGCAAAGGACUACUACGGCGCGUGGCCUGCGUCUGGCGAGAUCGAUAUCGGGAUGGUGAGGGGGAAUAAUUACACUUAUGAUAAUGGGCGCGGGAACCAGCAGGUUUCGACGCAGUUGCACUGGGGGCUGGAUACCUCCACUGAUCGGUGGCAGAGCACUUCUGGGGCGAGAAAUACGCUACGCACGACAUUCCAUAAAGACUUUCAUACCUUUGGACUGGAGUGGUCGGACAAGUAUCUCUUCACAUGGCUAGACCACCGCAUCGCACAAGUCACGUACGUCAAGUUCAAUCACCCAUUCUACCAGCACGGCGGUUUCCAUCAAGCCCUUCUCAACGGGUCCCAGAUCUCCAAUCCGUGGACCGGCCCUGGCACCAGCAACGCGACGCCCUUUGAUCGGCCGUUCUACCUGAUCAUUGCGCUGGCUGUUGGGGGAACGUCGGGUUGGUUUCCGGAUGAUGUGGAUGGUAAGCCGUGGGUGAACGAUGCGAAUUCCCCGAGGACGGAUUUCUGGAAGGCCAAGGAUAAGUGGUAUCCGACGUGGGAAAAGCAUGAUGGCGGGGAGAUGGCGAUUAAGAGGGUUUCUAUGUGGCAGCAGUGUGAUCGUGCUGCUACUGACUUGUCACAUUUCACAUCGAGUUAG